UUAUAUUGUCACAAGAAUUUGUCAUUUCUGACAUUCUGGAGAGUGAUGGAGUCCUCUUAUGUAGACCCUCCGCAGACGAUAACUUGUACGGCUUGUCACGUGAGAGUAGAAAGCGCGGAGACAAUAAAGUCCCACUACAGCUCUGACUGGCACCGAGUAAACUUGAAGAGAAAGUUGGCUGGUUUAGGUCCCAUAAGUUUUGUGGAGUUUGAGACAAGGUUAGAAUCCGUGAAAGUGGAGGAUGAAAACAAUAGAAAGGAGUCUAACGUCAUAUAUUGCCAAGCUUGUAAGAAGCACUUUUCCAGUACCAAGGCUUUUAAACAGCACGAGAAGUCUCAAAGACAUUUGUCACAGAACGUCGAAGAACAACCCAUAAAAAGGAGUGAGAGCCAUUCGGAAAGCACAAAAGUUGUUUCAUCAGUUUUCAAGGAGGAAGCUAUGUUUAUAGCUCCUGGUACUUGUAUGUUCGACGGAAAGGCGUUUGAAGAUGUCACCACUUGUUUACGACAUAUGGCUGUCGUGCAUAGUUUUCGAAUUCCGUUUUGGGAUAAUCUUGAAGAUCUGGAAGGUUUGUUGACGUACCUAGGUAGUAAGGUAGGAGAGUAUACCUCAUGUGUAUUUUGUGACAAGAAGUUUUCGACCUUGCAAAGUGUUCGAGACCAUAUGGCUUCAAAGAACCACUGUAGAAUGAAAGACAAUGACGAGGCCUGGUUAGACGAAUUUAGUGAAUUUUACAACUUUGAAGACGAAUGUUUGGGGAAUCCGCUUGUUUCAGUUGUAGAUGGAGUGUCGGAGAAUGAGAGUGAAGACCCAUCGAGUGAAGCAUAUGAACUGUGCUUAGCUCGCUAUCGAGUGGGGCAUAGAGCCUUUGCAAUUUACUAUCGACAGCGUCCUAGAAGAGUACGGCCUUACAGAGCAACCCUGUUGAAUGGUCAGUUGAGAAACGAACUUCAAGAUUAUCACAAGUACAUUAGGAAGUUAUCAGAAAACGAUAGCAUCAACUAUUUCAAUGAACAAAAGAAGUCGUAUCUGGCCAUGGGAUUAAAGAACAACUAUAUAAAGAAACUGCAACAACGAAAACAUAUCAGUGCACUGAACAGUGGAUACUAGUUGUAUCAUUCUUGCUUUAGUAAACAGUUUCUAUCAUUCUAUACUUUCAGCCUUAUUUU